UCGGCUCUACUUAAAUAGAACAUAUUCAGGGUUUGAAUUAGAAAAGUAAAUUCAGUCAGCAAAAAUUUUAGCACUCUGUAACAAAGUAAACCACCAUUUAGAUGUGUCCUGGGAACACUGAGAUCAAUUACCAUUGUCUUGUUUAUCAGUAUCUACUUGUUUUUCGACGAGUAUUUGUAUUUUUUUGUGACCUGUGACUUCCUGCGUUAUAUUAUUUUUUAUAUUGGAGACAAGUGGGGGACGUUUAAACUUGUGAACCCCAAACAUGAGAACUGAGCGUCUGAGCUAGCGACUUUAUCAGUUUUAACUUUCUUGUCCCCAAUAGCCGAAAUAAUGUUGCAAAAAUAAAAUAAGUUUAUAGCAUGCUGUAAAAAAAUAUUCAAAAUGUAAUUAUUGUUUCAGAGGUUCUUUACCAGUUUUUGUGAACAUUACAAUGCAAGUUAAGUACAGUAUACUGAUUAAAGUUGUUUUAACAAAAAAAUAUGUUUGUUUUAAAAUUCUGUUUCAAUGUGAUGAAAACAAAGUAUUAUAUUUCAUGAUAUCUAAAGUAACACUUUCGAACUAUGCCUGUUCUAUUCUAUUUUUUUUCUUAUGAAACUUGCUCACGUAUUUUCAGUCAAAACUUUAUUAAAUGUGUACAAGUGAAAUAUGCUAACAAAAAGGGUUAUUAUUUCUUCUCCCGGCAUAAAAUAAUCAAGCAAAACAUGAUAAUUAAAUGGAAGCAUAACAAACAAAAAGAAGGAAUGAUCGAUUUUUAAUAUCGGAAAAAGACACGAAGUAUCAUUUUCUUCGCAAAGUGUUUCGCAAAAAUGGCAAUUCGAUUUGCAAAUCGCCAACUGCUAAUUUGAACCCUGAUAUUUCAAACUUGUAGAUGCCUUAUGAAGAAAAUAAAUUUGUUGCUAUAUAUACACAUUUUUAUAAUAUAUGCAAAUUGCAUAUUUACAAUCCAGUCAAGAUUAAUUUAGAACAUUACUUCAACAUUGUAACCACCUCCAAAGGGAGGAAGUGAAUGUAGUUUUUAGUCGUAAUUUGAAUCAUGUAUCUGAAACAGACAAUUUUAUAAUUUUUGCAAAUAUAGAUGAUGAGGAUUUUGUGCCUGAAGCUUCAACAGAAGAAGUAAUAACAGACAAAUGGGAAGGUGAAGAUGAGGACGAUGAUGUCAAGUUUGGUUUGAAUCUCUGUACUCAAAGUUCUCAUUAUGGCUCCGAAGCAGCAGCAGAAGACUACGAAACGUAAGCAAAAUACCUCUUCUGUCAAUGCUAUAACUGUGAAUGAGUUCUUGCAGUCACCCCAUCUAUUUUCCUUGGAACAAUGGGUACAGUUGGGAAAAGAGACCCUUCUCCUACUUGCCUCAAGCCGCGACCUGCCUGUUCAAGGAAAAUCAGUUAGAGAACUUGCUAUAAGCAUUAUGGAGAGCGCCAAUAAAGAUCACGCGCAUCCAGUGAAUACGGAGGAAAAGGAACCUGCUGUUGUUUCGAACGAUUUUGUUGAUUUUAAUGCCCCAAAAAAUAAUGCUAUACCUGAGGAAGUGAUAAGUAGCAAUGAGGAAGAAAAAAGGGGUACGUGGACUGUAACCCCCAUAAAAAAUUAUCAGAACGAAGGCCCCAAUGCUUCAUCAUUUGUUGAAAGCAGUCCAGCUAUUGGGGUGGUGGGAAAGAAAAAACGGAAACUGUCUUCCCUUAAACUGAGACGCCGAAAAAUCUCAAAUUCAAAUUUCAACCCAAAAGCAUUUGCCGAUGAAAUGAAAUCAUACCUAAAAAAUGAACUUGCAACUUUUGCCAAGACUCAGCAGUUUACCUCUGCUAACGCUGUAAACAAGCAAAUUUCGUCGCCGUUAAGUCCGCCAUCUUUGCCCCCUAUCGUUAGUUCUUUUCCGGCUCCCGGUUCUCUGGAACCAACAUCAACCAAUGAUGGCGUGUUGGUAGCGGGUAUGUCCAAUAUUGCCCCUGCGUGCGAGUCUGCUCCUCCAGUUUCUUUUGCUUCCUCAGCUUCUCUUGCUCCCUCUGCAAGCUCAUUGCCUGCUAUCCCCAAGCGAGUUUUGGAAAAAAUUAGGACAGGUGAGUAUGUCAACUUCGAUCUUCUUUUGCCUCCUGGCCUGAAUUCUUCUUCAUCUGCCCUUUCCUCCCUGGCUAUGGAUGAUGUAGGAGAGUUUGAUUUAAGAAUUAGGGAGAUGGAUGGUAGGCCAACUGUGUCGCUUAAUCAAAAAAGCUUUAAUAAGUCUAAGGUUAAGGACUUCCAUUCUUGGUGUUUGGCAUGGUCAAAUUAUUUUAUGUGUAUGUUGCAUUAUUUCCCACACCUCACAAGCCAGCUCCUUGGAUAUCAACAGAUGGUCGUUAAUUUCGCCAAUCAGUAUGAGUUUAGCGCGGUCUACAUUUACGAUCAGCUCCAUAGGUUGCAAAUAGCAAAUGAUCCAACCAGGAAGUGGGAUAAGUUUGAUGAGCUUUUAUUCAAUAACCACAUCCGAGGAGCAGGCACACGUCUUGCCCCAGCCUCGACAUCUCCAGCUAGCAGGUUUGGCUCACAUUGCUUUACCUGCCGGAAAGAGGGACAUUUUGCCAGCAACUGCCCCUCUGGUUCUCGGCAAACUGGGGACACAAGGUUUCGGAAUGCCUCCCGCUCGUGGGGUAAUGGACAGCGGGCAGGUUGGUGUUACAGAUACAAUAACGGCCUACCUUGCAGAGAAGAUACUUGCCACUUCGUUCACAGAUGCACUUUGUGUGACAGGAUGCACCCAUCCUCCCGCUGUUCACUCCGGCCCUCUGCACCAAGUCCCAAGUAAUUUUUUUCCAGUUGUAAGGCCUGUUUCCACGCCCAUCAAUGUGAAUAUUUUGGAGUCCUUGCUUGCAGGACACCCAAAUAGAUUAGUAGUAAAUUUUAUUGUUUCCGGCUUUAAAUUUGGUUUUAAACUUGGUUUUUUUGACUGCUCACUA